GCGACGACCAAAAUAUUCGCAAGUAUUCACAUGCCGCCAGCUAUUCCUGAAAUAUCUAACUAUACUCUAGGUGCAGAUGGAUUUACUCCUCAACAAGAUGUGGAGGAAAUAAGACAAAUAGAAAGACAGUUGAAACGACGAUUUCCCAUUGGAGCACAGGUUUGUAAUGCUCUGGAGAACUUCACCAAGGCGUUAGUUUCACUUCACUGCAUGCGUGCACAAAAAGGCUCAAUUAUCGACAUCUUUGGGAAUGAGUCCGUUUUCGUCCAUCUUCACAACUUUUGAACAUAUCUUCUCAAAAUAAAGGCAUCGUACUGCUCUGAAGCAAAUCCUGAAGCAAAUGUUCUCUGUUUAGGUUUCAGAACAAAGAAUCAUACAGGACUUUUUGAAACAGGUAUGAUCCUUCACAGGCCUUCAUCAUUUGAAGCUUUUUGUCCGUUCUUUGUCCGUAUGGGAGCCGUACUAUGUCUUUGUUAGUGGGGUCGCAUGCAGGACCUCGGCUCCUAGAUUUAUUUCUGCAGUCACAUCAUUAGGAUGAGCCCUCAGUGAUAUAGGAGAGACUCUGUUUCACUCUUCCAAACAGCGCAGGUCUACUUCUCUGUCUACUUACUUUAUUUCUUCUGUAGUACAGUAAAACUAUGCUGAAAAACUUUAAUACUGGAUUUGGUGGAUAAUCCAAGUGAUAUAAUAAUAACAUACAGUAUAUAAUUUCAUGCAAUCCUUGAUUCCUGCCAGAGGACCUGCACAAUUGGAUUAUCCACCAAACCCAUCAUCCCACAUCAACCAAGUGAAGUGUAAAUUUUUAUCCCAAAUCCUCCUCACCCACCCUCCAAACCCCUCCACUUCGCUGCAACUGACUGGAAUCAAGAUUAGAAAUUAAUUCUUCCGGCGUCUUGGUUUACUCAUUAAUUUUCCCUCCACAGAAAUAUUCAGAGAGGUCAAUUAUUACCGUACUUCAGAUCAUGUUACGACGAGGGGAAAUGGCGCAUCGCUUCCAACGAAAAGUCCUCUACAGAGUUCGUUAAGACAAUGUUAACACUACCUGAACGUGUCUUUGAAAAAAAUUACAAGUAAAUAUUACAAAAGAACUCUUAAAGUUGGGUAGUUAGUUCAUUAACCAUAUAUAGGCAUAAUCGGCUAGGGCGUCAUGUUCAUGCUUGUUGCCUCACAACAGUCAAUUUUGUAAGCAUAGAAUGAAGAAAAGGUAACCAAGACUUUGCAUUUUAUAUUAAAGUGAUUGUUGUUGGGGUUCUUUAUUAAAAUGUAUGAGUAAGUUAAAAUAUUUACAAAAAAGGGAAACCUAUACAUACUGAUCAGUUUCAAACUACAACUAAUACAACAUGCUGUUUCUGACAUUA